AUGGAGAACCCGACUUUCCCAGGACACACAGGCCUGACCCCGGCAGAGUCUCACCCUCCUCCCCUCGGCGCUGCCGCUCCAUCACCACGCAGCAUCCCUGAAGCCAGGACCCCACCCACCUGCCACACCCUCCACACCACCCACAACCGCCUUCACUCCAACUCCCUGCGGUGCGACUGCCACCUGGCCUGGCUGUCCCCAUGGCUGCGGCAGCGUCCAGCUCUGGGCCUCUACACUCAGUGCAGCUCUCCUCCUGCUCUGAGAGGCCUCAACCUGGCCGAGCUGCGGAAGAGCGACUUUGCCUGCUCGGGCCAUAGCGGCAGCGCCUUCGUUCAGCCCUGCAGCCUGGCGUCCGGCUCCUGUCCACCCAUGUGCUCCUGCACCAACAACAUCGUGGACUGUCGAGGCCGGGGCCUCACCGCCAUCCCCGCCCACCUGCCAGAGGCCAUGACUGAGAUUCGUCUGGAGCAGAACGGCAUCAAGUCGGUUCCUCCGGGCGCCUUCACCUCCUACAAGAAGCUUCGGCGAAUAGACCUGAGCAACAACCAGAUAUCUGAGAUCGCGCCUGACGCCUUCCAAGGCCUCCGAGCUCUGAACUCUCUGGUUCUGUACGGGAACAAGAUCACGGAGCUGCCCGGCGGCGUGUUUGAUGGCCUGACGUCUCUGGAGCUGCUGUUACUCAACGCCAACAAGAUCCACUGUAUCCGAGCAUCAGUGUUCAAAGAUUUGGAGAACCUGGCUCUGCUGUCGCUGUACGACAAUAAGAUCCAGAGCUUGGCCAAAGGCACCUUCAGCUCGCUGCGCAGCAUCCAGACGCUCCACCUGGCCCAGAACCCCUUUGUGUGCGACUGUAAUGUUAAGUGGCUGGCCGACUUUCUGCGCUCGAACCCGAUAGAAACCAGCGGAGCACGUUGUGCCAGCCCCCGUCGCCUGGCCAACAAACGCAUUGCGCAGAUCAAGAGCAACAAGUUCCGCUGCUCUGCCAAGGAGCAGUAUCACAUCCCAGGUUCCGACGACAGGCGUCUGAGCUACGAGUGUAACAUCAAGCCGGUGUGUCCUGCUAAGUGUCGCUGUGAGGCCAACGUGGUGGACUGCUCCAACCUGCGCCUCACCAAGUUCCCCGAGCACCUUCCGUCCUCCACCGAAGAGCUGCGCCUCAACAACAACGACCUGUCGCUGCUGGAGGCCACAGGGGCCUUCAGGGGCCUGACCCAGCUCAAGAAGAUUAACCUCAGCAACAACAAAAUCUCUGAGAUCGAGGACGGAGCGUUUGAAGGAGCCACUUCCGUGACGGAGCUUCACCUGACGGCCAAUCACCUGGAGUCGGUCCGAGGCAGCAUGUUCAAAGGGAUGGAGGGGCUCCGCAUGCUGAUGCUGAGGAACAACCGGAUCAGCUGCAUCCACAACGGCAGCUUCACGGGCCUGUCCAACGUGCGGCUCCUCUCCCUGUACGACAACCAGCUGAGCAGCAUCCUGCCCGGAGCGCUGGACACGCUGCCCAACCUGUCCACACUGAACCUCCUGGCCAAUCCCUUCCGCUGCGACUGCCGCCUGUCCUGGUUCGGAGCCUGGCUCCGCAGCCGGCGGAUCGUGACCGGGAACCCUCGCUGCCAGAGCCCCGCCUUCCUCCGCGAGAUCCCCCUGCAGGACGUGGCCGCGGCCGACUUCCGCUGCGAGGAUGGUUCCGUGUGGGAGGACAGCAGCUGCGCUCCCGGGCCUCAGUGCCCCAACCAGUGCACCUGCAUGGACACGGUGGUUCGCUGCAGCAACAAGCACCUGCAGGCUCUGCCCCGAGGCCUGCCUCGCAACGUCACCGAGCUGUACCUGGAUGGGAACCAGUUCACCAGCGUUCCCAGGGAGCUGGCCUCCUUCAAGUACCUGCAGCUCGUAGACCUGAGCAACAAUAAAAUCAGCUCCCUGUCCGACGACUCCUUCUCCAAUAUGAGCCAACUCACCACCCUGAUCCUGAGCUACAACUCCCUGCACUGUAUCCCACCUCUGGCACUGAGUGGCCUCCGCUCUCUCAGGCUGCUCUCUCUCCAUGGCAACGACAUCUCUGAGCUGCAGCAGGGCAUCUUCAGUGACGUGACCUCGCUCUCUCACCUCGCCAUCGGAGCCAACCCUCUGUACUGCGACUGCCGCCUGCUGUGGCUCUCAGACUGGGUGAAGAGCGGCUACAAGGAGCCGGGCAUCGCCCGCUGCGCCGGGCCCCGCGGCCUGGAGGGCAAGCUGCUGCUCACCACGCCGGCCGAACACUUCCGCUGCGAGGGUCCCGUGGAGGCGUCUGUUCGGGCCAAAUGCAGCCCGUGCGUGUCGUCCCCGUGUGAGAACCAGGGCGUCUGCGAGGCCCAGCCCACCGCCGCGUACACCUGUACCUGCGCGGCCGGCUUCACGGGGAGUAACUGCGAGACCCCAGUGGACGCGUGUGCCAGCAACCCCUGCACCAACGGAGGGAGCUGCCUGAGCGAGCAGCACACCGGCUUCAGCUGCGUCUGUGCGUUCGGUUUCCACGGGACCUUCUGCGAGGUCAACGCCGACGACUGUCAGGACCACGGCUGCGAGAACGAGGCCUCCUGCGUGGACGGAGUGGGCAACUACACCUGCCUGUGCCCCCCCGGCUUCAGCGGUCUGUUCUGUGAGGAGGAGGAGAGCGUGUGCUCCCCUGGUAGAAACCGCUGCCAGCACCAGUCCACCUGUGUGGUGACUCCCAACGGGCCCAGGUGUGUGUGUCUUCCAGGCUGGGUGGGUCCAGACUGUGGCAUCGACUACAACGAGUGUGUGGAUCAUCGCUGUCAGAACGGAGCUCAGUGUAUCGACCAUCUGGACGGAUACAGCUGUGUGUGUCCACAAGGAUUCAGCGGCGUCUUCUGUGAGGCGGCCCUUCCUUCUUCCUCGCCCUGCCAGCUGGCCUCGUGUCAGAACGGCGCCUCCUGUGAGGAGAAGGAGGGAGCCGCGGUGUGCCAGUGUCUGCCGGGCUUCGAGGGUCAGAGCUGCGAGAAGCUGGUCAGCGUCAAUUUUGUCGACAGGGACUCUUAUGUUCAGCUGCAAGACGUGAAGAACUGGCCCCAAGCCAACAUCACGCUGCAGGUGUCCACAGCCGAGGACAACGGCAUCCUGCUCUACAACGGAGACAACGAGCCCAUCGCUGUAGAGCUGCACCAGGGUCACGUGAGGGUGACCUACGACCCCGGGAACCAGCCUGCCACCGCCAUCUACAGCGCUGAGACUGUGAACGACGGGCGCUUCCACACCGUGGAGCUGGUGACCUUCAACCGAAUGGUGAACCUGUCGGUGGACGGAGGGGAGCCCACGACGCUGGACAGUCAGGGGCAGAGCCCGCCGGCCACGAGGGAGGCUCCUCUCUACGUGGGAGGCAUGCCGGAGGAGGUGGUUCCCGCCUCGCUUGGCCCCUCCCACGCCUUCAACACGUCCAGCUUCCACGGCUGCAUCAGGAACCUGUACAUCAACCACGAGCUGCAGGACUUCACCCGCAGCCACAUGAAGCCGGGGGUGGAGCCGGGCUGCCGGGCCUGUCGCCGGUUCUACUGCCUGCACGGCGUGUGCCGGCCCGGCGCCGCUCAGGGGCCCCAGUGUCAGUGCCAGGCGGGCUGGACCGGAGAGCACUGUGACCAGCCCACAGCAGGCGGCCCCGGUGGAGUGGAUGCGGUCACCGCGGCAACAGGCGUCAACCUGUGCCUCAGCAGCAAGUGUGUUAACGGCGCCUGCGUGGCGCUGGACGCUCACACGUACCGCUGCCAGUGCCAGGACGGGUUCGGCGGGCCGCUGUGUAACCUGCAGACCGGACCCUCGGCCUCCUGCCGGCGCCGCUGUCUGCACGGCCGCUGUGAAGCCACGGAGGACGGGGAGCGCUGCCUGUGUGAGCAGGGCUUCGCCGGGGAGAGCUGCGACGUGGAGUCUUUGUGUCGAGGAGAACCGGUCCGAGAUUAUCACCGAGUGCAGCACGGCUCUGUCCUCUGCCAGACCUCCAGGCCGUUCUCCUGGGUGGAAUGCCAGGGCCGCUGCCAGCCGGGGGCCGGGCCGAGGGCCGGGCCGGGGGCCGGGCCGGGCCUCCCCGCCUCCUCCUGCUGUUCUCCUCUGAGGAUCCGGCGCCGGCGACUCGCCUUCGAAUGCGACGACGGCACCUCGUUUACACAGGACGUGGAGAAGCCUGUGGAAUGUGGCUGCAAGGAGUGUGUGUAGUCACACACACACACACACACACACACACACACACACACACACACACACACACACACACACACACACACACACAGGUACACACACUGUUGGGAUGAAAUCACUGAUAAAGGACGUUUGUGGUGAUGCAGUUUUGUAAGACAGUUCUUCCCUUUCGAGACAAAAUCAACGCGUCGACCUCAUCUUCGUCAUCCUCAUCUUCACCUGCUGCAGAGGAACCUACUUCCUAACCCUCAUCCUCAUCGAUGCUCGUGUUGAAACUAAUCUCCUUGAGUCUUGUCUCGUCUGCCGGUUGAAUGCUGCUGCAGACGUGCUGGUUUUCAGUCACGAGGUCUUUCUUCGAUGCUGAAGGCUGAAGUGUCCGUUUGAUGUUCAAGUGGCUGAAGCUGCGACAGGUUUACUCAUUGAAACAGGUGCAGCAGAGCAGGAAACCGUCGGCCUGUUGUCAGCUCCACAGAAGUGUGUGCCACGGCCACGAGUACCGCACAAUGACAGACGGACCCUGCAGCAAUUAUUUGUCUUCAAAGAAGCAGGGGUUUAGUAAUAACAUCAGUGGAACUCUAUACACAUCUAUUCUUCGACCACUAAUUAAAUAUGAACCUAUUUCAAAAUAGAAAACAUUAAAAAAGCACACAAACUGAUUUGCAGGCCUGAAAACAGCAGAACAACUAAAACUGAUGCUGUUAAAUGUUGACGUCCUAAAAAAUAAAUUAAAUUAAAAUCAUAUUUUGUUAGCUGUCAACGACCUAAUCUUUCUAUUUCGAUGUAAUCAUGCCUCUAAAUGUCAUACACGCAAUCACACGUGAAGCAACAUGUUGAGCGGCUUUUCAAAGCGAAUCGCUUCCUGUUUGUUGGGCUGCGAGAGGUUUAAUCAGUUUCCUAUUAAAUAUGCUCAUUUCAUAACAUUUGAUGUGACUAGACAGAAAUAUUGAGCAUCGCGCUUCCAGGAAGAUGCCGCGUGCGUAAGAGCAGUGCUGCAGUUAAUUUCCAUUAGAUUUAUCAUGAAUAAGCUGCUACCUUGGGAACCAUUUUCACUCCUGGCGGGUAAUUAGAAGAACGACGCGUGUUCCGUUAAAAACGGCAGCAGCUCAAACGUCAGCACAGACACGAGUCUGCAAGCGCCUGCUGCAGUCAAUUAGCAAAUAGCUCAUUAGCAGCUAGUCAGGAGGUCAAAGGUCGUGAGGGUCACAGGGCCACCAGAGGGGUCAUGGCCGUUCGAGACGUCUCCUGUCUUCACGAGGACGUGAAGGUCACAGCUGGAGACUGGAGCUCUGUUUGGUGCUGAUCCAAACCCGUCUAACUGACGUUUAAACCUGCUUUCAUUGACUAUUUAACUUGAUAAUAUCACAACUUCAUUGACCUGUCUGGCCAUUUGGUAUCACGCCUGUGCUUAUUGUUACCUGAUCACAGUCCCUGAACCUGAACGAGCAUCGUGGAACUUCCACUGAUGUAAUGAAAGGCGGUGAAGUGUCCGGGAGCAGCUUAUUCAAUUCUUUUGUCAACACAUUCGCAGCUUGACAUUUGCCUAAAUUAGCAACACGCUCACGCUCAUUAUGCUGUAAUGUGACUUAUUAGAAGUUUGGAUUUAGCAGAGACAAGGUUGCAAAUUUACUUUGUGAAAGCAUUUAAAGAGCUGAAUUACUUCUGGUUCCACCAUGUGUUUUGUUUCUAUUUGCUGAUUUUAUUGUUUGCCAAAAACAUCUGAACUCAAAUAUUCCAUUUUUCCAUUGUGAUAAAAAAGAAGCCUGUGUUUGUGUUUAUUGGGGCAGUAAACAGAGAGAGGGCUCAUUCUGUCCAGAACCCAAUGUCUUUGUUUAUUCGCAUUUUAAUUCUUGUUCAUUUUAGUUUGGACCCGGGUUCCUUCAGCUUUCGGAGACUUUUCCGCAGCAUAAACUCCCUUAAAGUUGUCUCCUUCAGCCACAGGGUGAAGGAUGGGGUCGUGUUUUGUGGUUGAGGCCUCUACAGAUCUGUGCGUUUGUGCGUCUGUCACCGUCCUUGAUUGUCUUCAUUUCAUCUUCAUUUUGUUUGUUUGGAUCAAACGUUUUCUCCAUUUGUCAGAAGAGCCAUUGAACACAUCACACAAACAGAAAUUGUAGCUUUUAUAUACGGGACGAUAUGCUAUUUAUAUGGAUGUGAAACAAAAAUAAAGGGGCGCGUUAGUAGUUUUAACAUGUUUGUUUUUUAAGUAAUAUUUCCAUCACACAGACUUAAACUAAUGUGACUAAUUAUUCUAACUGCAUAUUCAUACAGUACCAGCCUAACAGAUUGUAAUAUAUAUAAGCUUAUAUAUGUGUUUGGUUUCCUCAUAGUAUUUUUAUAUGUUGAAGAUGUUGUCACUGUAUCAUUUGUUAGAAAAAUGUUUUCAGUUGCCAAAAACCAAACUGGGAAUUUGACAGAUUUAAAGCAAAUGUUUUGGUUUUGUUGAGUCUCACCUGAAGUAGUGCUUCGUUUUCCUAUUUAUUUAAAUAAAGAGCUGUUCCUCCUCCG